AUGGCGUCAGUGCUGAAGCUGUUGCGGCGGAAGGAACUUCUGGUGGUUGGCGGCUUCUUGGUCCUCGCAAAUUUCAUGGUCUACCAAUUUGGGGUUCAUCCACUACCACAGUUUUUCCUCUUCUCCGACGUUCAUCAUCAAGAAGAUGUGAAAAAAUUGGGGAGGAUCCUAAGGGAAGCAGCAACGGAGGAUAACACAGUGAUAAUAACCACCUUAAACCGGGCUUGGUCUGAACCAAACUCGACCUUUGAUUUGUUUCUCGAGAGUUUUCAUGUCGGAAAAGGGACUAAGCCACUGCUCCGACACGUUGUGGUGGCAUGUCUCGACCCGGAGGCCUAUUCUCGGUGCUUGGAGGUCCAUCCCCGUCGCUGCUACUUCAUUGAAACCGCCGAAAUUGAUUUCUCCAACGAGAAAAGCUUCAUGACGCCGGAAUUUCUCAAGAUGAUGUGGCGUCGUAUAGAGUUUUUGGAUGUAAUGUGGUUUCGAGAUCCAUUCCCUCGUCUAUCUAAAGAUGUUGAUUUCCAAAUCUCUUGUGACCGUUUUAAUGGAAACGAUAGCGACAUAAAAAACGAGGUCAAUACUGGUUUCAUUUUUGUUCAAGCCAAUAACCGAACCAUAGGUUUGUACGACUAUUGGUACGCGUCGAGGUUCAGAUUUCCGAAUAAAAACGAUCAGGAAGUGUUCAAUGAUAUCAAAGAAGAUUGGGACAUUGCAGAAAUUGGACUCAGAAUGAGGUUUCUCGACACGAAGUACUUCGGAGGAUUCUGUGAGCCAAGUCGUGACUUAGAUAAGGCUUGCACAAUGCAUGCCAAUUGUUGUGUGGGACUGGAUAAUAAGAUUAAUGAUUUGAGAGAAGUGCUUGUGGAUUGGAGGAAUUAUUUGUAUUCGGCGGAAACAUAUAAUGGUGAGGAUAUGACAUGGCGAAAGCCCAAGAAUUGCAUGAAGCAGUGGUGGUGGAAAAAGAGAAAAACAAGUAUUAGGGUCAAAACAUAG